AUGUCAGGUGUGAUUAGCAAGAGCCUUAUGCGGGGUCGCGAGCACAUGGUGCGGAAUGAAAUUGCGUCACUAAAGCGUGUGUCUGUUGGACAUAAAGGCAUUGUUUCGCUGGUGGACUACUUUGAGACGAUGAACAACCUGUAUCUUGUCACCGACCUGUGUCAAGGUGGCGAGCUGUUUGACCGCAUUUGCGACCGAGGCAGCUACUACGAGAAAGAUGCAGCGGUGAUCAUCCGCGAGGUGCUUGAAUCUGUCAAGUACCUGCACAACCAAGGCAUAGUGCACCGCGACCUGAAGCCCGAGAACUUGCUUUUUCGCGACCGCAGCGAACACUCGGAUCUGCUCAUCGCCGAUUUCGGGCUUUCGCGCAUGGUCGAUGACGAGCAAAUGUCCGUGCUGAGCACCACGUGUGGCACACCAGGGUACAUGGCGCCGGAAAUCUUUAAAAAGACGGGGCACGGAAAGCCCGUGGACAUGUGGGCUAUCGGUGUGAUUACCUACUUUUUGCUCUGUGGUUACACCCCCUUUGAUCGCGAGUCGGGUGUCGAAGAGAUGAAUGCAAUCAUUAAUGCGGACUACAAGUUUGAGCCGGAAAUAUAUUGGCGCGACGUUUCGGAGCUCGCGCGCGACUUUAUCAGGCGCCUGCUCACCGUGGACCAAGCGGAACGCAUGUCUGCAGUGCAGGCACUAGAGCACCCCUGGAUUCGCGACGUCUCUUACGCGCCAUCGCCCACGGACCAGAAGGACUUGCUGCCAGAUAUCAAGAGUGCAUUCAAUGCGAAGCGGACAUUCCGCAAGGCCGUCAACGGUAUCCGUAUUAUCAAUCGCUUGCGCAGCGAAACGCAAGAACAUCAACUUGCGCGUGCUCAUAUGGACCGCAUGCGCGAGGAGGCCAGCCAAGAGUCGGCCAACCUCGACGAGGUCUGGGCAAAGUAA